CCUUGUUGUUUCUGUUGAAGAAGUAGAAGUCGUCUGCUUCAGAGGAGCGGUGAGAGCGUGUUUAGGAGAAAGAGGAAGACUUGUUUUUAUAUCGUUUCAUAUCAAGUCUUUAUUAGUAGUGGCGCAGUGAAUAAUGACUACUUAGGGAUGUCAAUUUUCCUUCGCAAUAUUCACUAUUCAAGCCUUACUGAGGAACAAUGGCUGUUGAAGUUGAUGUGGUUAACCAGGAACUGAUCCAGCCUCAUCACGAUGUGAAGCUGUUCAACCGGUGGACCUUUGACGAUGUCCAAGUGAAUGACAUCUCUCUGGUUGAUUACGUUGGUGUUGCACCUGCCAAGCAUGCCACCUAUGUCCCCCACACUGCCGGGAGGUACUCUGUCAAGCGCUUUCGAAAAGCUCAGUGCCCAAUUAUUGAGAGGCUCACAAAUUCUCUGAUGAUGCAUGGAAGAAACAACGGGAAGAAACUCAUGGCUGUCAGGAUUAUUAAGCAUGCAAUGGAGAUUAUUCAUCUUCUGACCGAUCUCAACCCAAUUCAAGUCAUUGUCGAUGCGGUUGUUAACAGUGGACCACGUGAAGAUGCCACUCGAAUUGGCUCAGCUGGUGUUGUUAGGCGUCAAGCUGUGGAUAUAUCCCCUUUGCGACGUGUUAAUCAGGCAAUCUAUCUUCUUACAACAGGUGCUCGUGAGGCCGCUUUCAGAAACAUCAAAACAAUUGCAGAAUGCUUGGCGGAUGAACUUAUUAAUGCAGCAAAGGGAUCAUCCAACAGUUAUGCAAUCAAGAAAAAGGAUGAGAUUGAAAGAGUUGCUAAGGCAAAUCGUUGAGAGGUUAUUUUUCUUGUCUGUUUUACAUUCUUAAAAUGAACGCCAUAGUCUAAAUCUACCGGUUUUGAAUUUCUUAUUUGGACAAAUCAUAUCUAUUACUUGACUUUAAAGUUUUGAUAUCAGUGGAACAGCCAAAUGCUUGUGUUUCUUGAAAUAGUGUCAGUGUAUUUAUUGGUGUUUUCCCAUCUAAUACUUCUAUUUCAUCGAGUUUAGUUAUCGUAUAUACUAAAUUGAUGAAACUAAUAAACAGUUUGCUCAUUGCCCCA